UGUGACAGAAGUGGGGGAGGAGCCGAGAGGAGGAGAAUGGAGAGGAGUUUCUGAGUAGAAACAGAGAGUCCAAUGUUUCAGAUUACACUCCUCGGUUAGGAGGGGGUGAAGAGGAGAAGAGAAGAAGGACGUGAGGGGAAACCUGGGACUUCUUUUCUUCUGAGGCAUUUCUGCAGGAGUUUAUGGAGUUGAUGGAAAAUGAAGAUCUCCUCUGUGCUUUUUGCUCUCCUGACUUCACUUCUGUUUGAAGAUUUGUGUCUGUCCAUCAACGUCACCAUCACCCCGUCUCCUUUCACAGUGGCCCAGGAGGGUCAAAACAUCACUCUCACCUGUCUGGUAUCCCAGCGGCGGCGAAACACAGCAUUACCAGUAGUAAAAUGGACCUUUUUACCAUUGGGCAUCGACCGUUCAGAGGAAGAACAUUUAAUUGCUCGUGUCAACAUGAGGAAAGCCCGUUUCUAUGGCAACUAUACCAAGAGCUUCCCUUGGCCUAAAAUGAAGCUGACGGUGGUGAAGCAGGGUAAGAUCUUUGACCUGUUGAUCCUGAACGUUUCAGAGGACGACCGCGGGCUGUACAUGUGUAGAGUGCAGGAGUUUAAAAAGCACGAGGACAAAUGGAAGGCAGCGUCCAACUCUACAGCAUCCACGGAGCUCAGAGUUCAUGUUCUACCAGCUGCCGAGGACAAGGACAGCCUGUGGAGCUUGUUUGAAGAUGUGUAUCUGUGUGCAGUGCUCAUCUGUUCAGUGGGUCUACUGUGCAUGUGCAUGUUCACAGUCACUAUCACCUGUCAGUACAUACAGAGGAAGCAGAGGCUAAAAGAUAAUUACCACCUGGUCAAAAGUCCACAGAACAGCUCAGGAGAGACGGUCACCAGUGUGGUCAGCAUGUCUCCAGCUCUGCCUCAAAAGGAGAGGAGGUACAGGAAGAAGAGGAGCAGGAACCACCAGGAGGAGACACCACCAGAGAUACCAGCCAAAGCUCCCAUCACAGACAAAACCCAGAAACCUAAACUUUUAAAACCACAACCCAGGAAAGUUGUGCUGCCGAAGAUAGUGGAGGAGAACCUAACGUAUGCAGAGCUGGAUCUGGUGAAGCCAGUACCGGAACCUAAAGCAUCACAAAACGGAACUGUUUACGCUCAGAUACUAUUCGAGGAGCAGCAGCUAUGAGAAAAAAAACACACACACUUUUAUACACCACUAAAAACUGUGCCCAGUGUAAAAAGUCUUGACUAUUUAUAGUUUGUGUUUUGUAUUAAAACACAUUGUGAAGUAUAAAAAUAUGUAGCACUUAAAAAGAAUAAUCAUGUGCAUACUUUUUUUUUACUUUAAUCUAGUCCUAUGAUCUAUUCCAGUCUAGAUUAUGAGCUAAGCUAAAUGCUAAAUGCUAAGUUUUACGUUAGGCCAAAUCCUAAUUCAAACUUUGUUACUAUAUGCUAAGAUACUCGCUAAGUUACAAAUUGACCCACGGGCUUUGCUUCACCUUCUUAAGUCAACAUUGUUUUAAAAAAAAUACACUGGCAUUUUCAUGUGAAUGUAUGUAGCAUUAUGUCAUUGUCCGUCAUUAACUCAUGACCUGAUAACAAUCACUCAGGUUUAACAUUUUUUUGUCUACCACACCUUAAACUGGGCUCCAGACCAGAGUGAAGUGGUCUGUGACCAGGAGGUAGAAUAAACUGGAGACCCCUGUUGUUAUGAAUCAUCAGCUGCUUCUCAUAACGACCACAAUUCACAAAGUUGAUAAUAACCUAGUGAUUAGAUCUGAUUAGACCCCGACCUCCACCCUGUGGGCAAGUCCCCGAGACUCUGCCCUUUAAUCUGCUGCCAACGUCAACUUAACAGGCUGUUAGCAUUAGCAAACAUUCUAUACAGUACAUGCAAUGGUGGAGUUGUACAUCGGAUAACACCACUUUCUGGACUGUAAACCACAGAGAGUUUUAGACUGAGAAAAACCGACAAACAAUUGUUUUCCCCUGAUCUACGAUGACAAGGUGUUUUUGGAUGAAUUGACACUAAGGAAAUCAACCAUUUAAAAUCAUUUCAUUGUUUGUGUUGUUUAGAUAAGUGUCAGCUGAAUGUCUUUGCUGCAGCUUCUGUUUCUUUCUCACUUGAAUCUGAGCGUUAAACUGCACAGAGUCUUUUUCCAUCCAAUGAUCCUCUGGGUUCCUAUGUGGAAAAAGAAACACAGUUUUGUUUUUUUGUUUUUUGUUUUUUUUCUUUUUCAAACCAUGAACUUAAGGCCAGACACAAAGGCACCAGAUUUCACCCCUCUGCCCCCUCUCCCACCCACAUACACACACUUCCACUAUCUAAUAUGAGGUUACCCAUGCAGAUGGAUGACAUCACACACACUCCAUCUCUCCCUCGCUCUCUCUGGCAGGCGGGCUUUCAAAUGACUCAAGAACUGCAGCCUACUACUUUAAAAUGUGGUUCUUACUAAAAAAUAACAAAAUUUAUUGAAUCUUUUUAUUUUGAAUAUAUGUACGUACUGGGAUAUAACAAUUACAUUUUCUUUUUUUUUAUCUUCAGGUCAUAUUUAGUUAUAUUUGAUUAAGUAACUUUUUCAACAAGUAUUUGUCUUUGGUAUACUUUUUGGUGAGAUCGGCAAACGUUGAGCUUAGAGUUUAUUUGAGCUUUAAAGACAAUAUUUAAGUAUAUAGAAUCUUGACUAACUAAAAUUAUUGGCAAACCUUAUUCUAUCAUCUUAGCUCACUUUAACAUCUUGAUUAACUUGGCUAACUUCUUUGGCUAACGCUUCUUUUUCAUUUACAUUUAAGCCAAUUUUCUGGGCUGACUUUUAGUCAUCCUUUUGGUAACCUUUGCUUACUCUACACUAUUCUUUUAUUUUAUUGUUCAUUACAUUUUACCUAUCCUUAUCUCAUGAUGUUUUUGGAUUUCAAGUUUAACGAUGCAGUAACUGGGAUGUAUUAUCAACAAAACAAUGACUUUUUCUGUUUUAAAUUUGAGACUAAUAUUUAGUAUUGUUCUUGACUUGACUUUAGUUGUUGCUGCAUUUGGGCUAACUUUUAGAUGCAUUUAAAUAAUUCUAAAGUAUCUCCUGGUUUAUUGAGCUUUUUCUCCCAAAAUAGGUGACAUUUUGGACUCAUGAAAAAAACAUAGGACUUUCGUAUGUGCUGAAUAUCUGUACCUCAGUUUUUCUAAGGUCAACAAUAUGUUUUACAGGGGCUAUAGCUUAGCUUAAGCCUGCAUCAAGAGAUUUUUACUGUUGUUUCUGCCCCAAACUCCGGGGAAUUUCUCAACCUGGUACAUGUUGAAAAUCUAAAAUAUUUAGGUUGGUGUUGUUUAUGGUUCAUGUUCUGGUUAACCUUUUUUAAACAAACACACCACCAGAAAGACUAUUUUGACAUGCUGUCAAUUACUGUGGUGACAACCCUGAAUAGAUGUCCUGAGAUUUCAACGUUGUCUAAACUCUGAGGAUGUGCUCCAACAUGGGUGUAACGACCAGCCUCUCCACCAGAAGGCUGCAGUUUUCUCCCCUCCUUCUCUUACUAAAUAUUAACUUACAGUGUAACCCACUGUUGGCCUCUGCACUUGGUCAAACUCUCCUCUUACUCUUGUUUUUUUAGUUUUUGUUUUCUGUCUUGAGUGUGUAUAUAAAGCCUGACUGUGACCUUGCAGUGCAGGGUAGAA